UAAGGGACAGAUAAAGUGGUUUCUUUCUCUUCAUCCCAUAUCUCUAUAUUAAAGCUCCAAACCUCCAUUUCUUCUAUUCUUUUGCUCUCAAGAAAAUUUGGCCUAAAGAAUCCUUCCAAAGUUCCAAACAAAAACUGAAACUUACAAAGAUCUUGCAAAGAAGAGAAAGAUGAUUCAAGAGCUGUUAGGAGGAAGUGCAACACUCGUAAGAGAGAGGAAAAUCUCCAUUAAUGGAAUUUUAGAAGGUCAUCAUUCACCUUCUCCUUCUUCUUCUUCUUCUGCAAACAAAACAGCCACUGCUGCAGCUACAACAGCAACUACUACUACUACUACUACUACUACUACUGCUACUGCUACAUCAUCAUCAACCUCACAAUCUUCAGAUCACCAAAAUUUGAGGUGCCCAAGAUGUGAUUCUUCCAACACUAAAUUCUGUUACUACAACAAUUACAAUCUCACCCAGCCUCGCCACUUCUGCAAGACCUGCCGGCGGUACUGGACUAAAGGCGGUGCACUCCGUAACGUACCCAUCGGUGGCGGCUGCCGAAAGAACAAGAACACUUGCGUGUCAACCUCUGCCGGAAAAUCUAGCACCGCUAAAGUGAAGACAGUAUCAGAUGUAGUAAAAGCGAACAUCGGAUGUAGUUUUGAUCAUGAUCCUCACUCAAACCCUAUUCUAUGGGCUUCUCCACAGAAUUCUCAACUGUUGGCCUUACUGAAAUCCUCCCAGAACCCUAAUCCGAUGGGAUCACCCAUGACGUCGGAUCAACAGUCAGAAGCGGCGACAGGUGCAUUAAAUGUGAGAACCCUAAGCUUAGAUCCUUUGAGUCAGAUUCCUAUGGGUCUCUGCAGCUCUUUCUGGAGAAACAAUCAGCAUCAUCAACCACAGCAACAUCAUCAUCAUCAGCAUCAGCAGGGAUUGUUACUUGGUGAGGUUCAAAACUCUGGGGUUCAGGAGCUUUACCAGAGGCUAAGAUCAUCUACAAAUUACUACACAGAUCAUCCCCAGAUGGGCUUCACCAAUGUGGGUUCCACAUCAUCUUCUUCAACAAUCUUGGAACCAGCAGCUCCUGUUGUUGCUGGUGGGGAAUUGGGUUACUGGAGCACUCCUGCAUUCUCAUGGUCUGAUCUACCCACCACCAAUGGUGCAUUCCCUUAAGAAUCUAAUUAUAUCUCAACUCUUCCUUGACAAACUAAUCUUUGUUGUUGUUGUUAUUGCCUGUUUGGGGUUAUGGUAUAUCCAGAUAUGGUUUUAGAUUUAGGUUCAGAUCUCUUUUAUGUUCUUGCUUCUAGCUAGAUGUGUUUGUGUGUAUGUGUGCUUAGCUUGUUAGUAUGUACCAAGUAAACCCAAAAACCAAAAAAAAAAAAAAAAAAAAAAAUGUUGAGUCACA